AUGGCAUGUUGGUUAGAACAGCCAACAUCAAAUAAAGAAUUUUGUGAUGCUAUUGAUGAAAUAAUGAAACAUGAACAUGAAGAUGUUAUUUUACUUGAUGAUACUCUAUCAUCUGGCGCACCAUUAGAACUUGAUCUUGAUUCAAUAUCUGAUUUACUUGAAACUCCAUCAACAGCACCAGUAACUACAGCAUCAGCUGUAUCACCAAUAUCACCAUCAUCAACAACAGAUUAUUCUCAAUCAACGAAUAUUUAUGACAUGGCAUCACCAUCACAUACAACAUAUUCUGCUAAUAAUAAUUCACGGUCAAAUUCAACAGCAUCAGCAUAUUCAGUAUUAGGUAUAAGUCCAAAAUUUACAACAUUAAGUAUUAAUCAACAUCAUCAUACAUUUUCACCACCACCACAAGAUUCAAAUAAUUCAUCAACAUCACUUCAAUCAUUUGGUCAAUCUCCAAUAGUAAUUAAUUCAAAAAAUAGUUUACAUCCACCACCAUAUAUUCAAGAACAACAAAAUACGUCUAUUCUUGGCACAUCAUAUCCAUUUGAAUUACCAAUAAAUACUGGUCUAUCAGAUGUUAAACGUUUUCGUUCAGCUAGUAUGAAUGAAGGGCCAACACAACAACAUCAAACUAAAUUAGAUCCUCAUCUAUUUGAUCCAUAUCGUCUUAAAUUACAUCCUUAUAUAAAUCCUCCAUAUUACCAAAAUAGAACAUCAUCAACAAGUAUAACAACAACACCAACUACGACAACAACAGCUUCAUCAACAUCACCACUUUCAAAUGAUGUAUUAUCAAAUACAGCAUGGCCAUUUGUUGGUUGUCCUCGACCAACAUCAAGUUCAUUUUCUGAAGUAUUAAAUCAACAACAACAACUACAACUUCGUCAAACUACUAAUUUAUCAGCAUCUUUUGGUGGUACACCAUCAUUUUAUCCACUUCAUCAUCAACGAAAUCAAACAGGAUUUUUACCAGAUAUGAAUUUUCAACCACAACAAACAACCAAUUGCACAUUAUAUUCACUUAAUCAACCAACAGGUGGUGGUGCUGCAUCUUCUCCUUCUUCUUCGUCUGUUCUUGCUCGAAAAAGAUCUUUAGUUGGCUUUCCCGUUCAAGAAAUAAAAGAUGAUCCAAGUAGUCCAGCUUGUACAAUGGAACAACAAAGUGAACCUGAUCUGUGGUCGGAUAUAGAACAAAAUUCUUCCGAUCAUAUACAAGAUAAUGAUCUUGACGAUGGUGAUAUAACAAGUGAUGAUGAUGCAACAACAGUAUCAAGUACUUAUAAUAAGGAUUUAGAAACAACAAAAUCAACACCAUCACAAUCAAAUUCUGCAUCACUUUUUUGGCAAUAUAAUGUUCAAGCUAAAGGACCUAAAACAAAACGAAUACUUUAUUUAAAAGAACGUGAUCCACAUCUAUUUCGAGAAUUUAGUGAUCCAGUUUAUCAAAUAAAAUUAACACAAACAAAAGGUCAAACAUUUACUAAACUUCGAAAGGGUGAUGGAAAUGAUGUAACACCAAAUCCAAUGAAACUCUAUCAACUUGGAAAACAAAUACGAGAUUUAUCAUCAUUUGUUGGUAAAACAAAUUCAAAUACACAAUCUGUUUAUCAUGGAAUUUAUCAUAUUGAUCAUCAAAUAAAUAAUAAUAAUAAUGAUACAGCUGAAGUUAAAAAAGAAAAAAAUAAAAUCGCUAGUCGAGCUUGUCGACUUCGUAAGAAAGCACAACAUGAAGCAAACAAACUAAAAUUACACGGGUUGAAUGACGAACACAAAACAUUACUUGAUUUAAUGACAGCUGUAAAAUUACUUAUUCUCAAACGAUAUCAUAAUGGUCAACUUAGUUCUCCAUCAUCAUCACCAAAUCAAUCACUUGAAAUGGCAUUAGAUCAAUUGAUUGCCAAUAAAUACAGUAAACCAGUUGCUGGCAACACUGAUGGUUUUGUUCAAGGAAUAAUAAAUGAUAUGGAACGUUUGUAUGCUUCAAAACAACAACGAAGCAAUAGUCUGAAUACAUAA